UUACACGCUCGACUACAGGAAGGAUGCGGUUCUCAGCUUGUGGAGUCGAUUUCUGUGUAGACUGUCGAAUUUGAGGGAGAUAUAACUCUCUUGUACUCCUGCAUAUUUAUCAGUAUUGGCACUAAAUUCACGAAAAUACGCGAGAAAGUCUUCGAAGUUUUGUAGUGAUAACUCAAUGGAGGACCGAGCUGCUGGUUAAGCUAGUCACCUGAGGAGGAGAGAAACAAACCGUUGGCUGAACUCGACACUGUUUACAACAGUUGGUUAGAGCCGGUCUGAAGACUGAGGAUCACGGUCAUCAUCAAAUGAAGAGUAUGCUUUAUUAGAAAUUGGAUGUGUAUGCAACAUUUAACCUCUUUAGAAAAACAGAGGCACAUAUUGACUCCUCUGGACUAGGCCUUUGUGGACUGGAUUUAUUUUUUUGUGGACUGGUACAGAUUUGCAAAGAUGCCUAUUUUGAAGCAGCUAGUAGCAAGCUCGUCACAGACCAAGCGGCGCUCUCGCAUGGACCUCACUACAGAGAUGAUCAGCGCUCCUCUUGGUGACUUCCGUCACACCAUGCACGUGGGCCGGAGUGGUGAUGCUUUCGGGGACACAUCCUUCCUCAGCAGCCACUCUGGAGAACCGCCGCGGGAUGGCACCUAUCCCCGCUCACCCAGGCCAGGCCUGCUGUCAAGAACCUUCAGAAGCAGCAAGCGCUCUCAGUCAGUCACCCGUGUGGACCAGCGAGAGAACACGCUUCUGCCCCCUAGUGGCUCACCUACGUUUGUGAAGAACGCUAUGUCUUUGCCUUUCCUGAAUGAUCAGGAUAAGGACACUGGAGGCAGCAGGGUGCCUAUGAGCCUAGCCUCCAGCCCCAUAAAGCAGCUGCCGUCCAAUGGGGCAGCUGCCCAUGGCCUGGACCUGGAGCUCCAUGAGCGGUGCUUCGGGGAGCUGACUGACUUGCGCCCCUCUCCGAUUUAUAAUGGACGAGGAGGGAUGAAACAUGCUGAGUCAGUGAUGUCCUUCCAUGUUGACCUGGGGCCUUCCAUGCUGGGAGAAAUCCUAGGGGUCAUGCAGAAGGAAGAUGAUGACCAGGGCUUUGAAGAGGGCAAAAGCAGCGAAGGACGGGCAUCUCCACUUCUCAGCAUCCAAGGAGGGGAAGAGGAGGAGCAUGAAGCAAAGCAGGAAUCGAGGGAAGAAGUGGUGGUAAAGGAGGAGCAGGAAAUGGAUCUGGAAGAGGAACAUGAAGCUCCUCACCGGGCACCCAGCUCAGUAGACCUGGAGAUCCAGAGCGAGGCCACCAGCACCCCCGAGGUUCAGCCCAAACAUCUGCAGCAGCCUGACAGCUGCUCCGUCUCCAGCUCUGGUUCCCAUGCCCUGGAGGACAAACCAACCAGCCAGCCAUACGAGGCUGACAUGGACAGCACCAACUACAGCUACAACCCAGGAGAGGAAGGAGCCUUUUCUUCCUUCUUAGAGGACGAGGAUGACGAGAUUCGUGUAUGAGAAACCAGAAGUCUUGCAAGAGCUCUGUGAGGCUGGAGAGACAUGCAAAACAAAUCUGACAGUCCUAUUGAUGUUGUAUAUAAACGGAAAGUCCAGAACUGCUGCUGGGUCCUGCGAGGAAUCUGUGAACAGGUCAAAAGCACGCUGAUGGCUCCAUUCCUCUGUCUGAGCAAAGAGGGAAUCAGGGUGGCUGCCUUGCGUGGCUGUUGCUACAGCCUGCCACACUGAGCCCUUAACCAACCUGGGCAUAUCAGCCACUGCUGUUUGCAUUAGGAGGAAACUAAGAAGACAUGGUUGGUGAUGAAGGGAGCCGCAAAUAAAAAGAACAGAGAUGUUUCAUUGCUUUGCUUGCACCAUUUCCCUCCUCAUCUUAUGUCUUAAAUGAGCAUUGGUGUGUAACAUUUGUGAAGUCAUGUGGAUGGUGAGUUCUGGUUGUUUAUGGGAACUGGGUUAUUUUCACUACACUAUCAGCACCCUUUUUUGUUACGUGUUUGAAGGGACAUGCUGCUAAUGUAAGCAUGCCUGAGUCUGUUUUUCACUCCUCUCUGUGAUUAGGACAGGAGUUUGUAGGCAGUUACGACUUUGUUCUUCACAUAAAGGUUUUUUUUCCCACAUCCUGUUGAAUGCUGUCAUUAAGGCUGUUGCACUCAGUAGCAUAGGAGAUAUCCCUGAAAUAAAGAUUAAGAACCAGAAUGUGGUGGAAACCAAAGGAGGUGCAGUAGCAGAUGUUUCAUGUUUCGUGUUUCCCCUGCUGACAAGCAAUACUUCAGUAUUAGGAGUGAUGACAGGUGGCAGGGCUCUUUCUUCAGUGUGUACAGAGUUUUGUAUACUGGCCUAUGCUGCGUCUUUAUCUCACCACUUCCUUCCUUAUCAUGUGAUGGGAAGUAAGCUCUGCAGCUGGCUAGUUAACACGCUGAAGUUAUGUUAUCUCAGUAUCACGUGGUCCAUGUCACUGAAACUGCCAGAAACAGCAUCUGUGCUGUUCAGUUUGAGAAUAUUUGUUUCAUCUAGCAUAGUCACGGCAAAAAAAAAAGAUUUGCAUUAAUUAAGUUAUUUUUGGGGUUGUCUCCAUGCAGUCAGUCAGCACCACUGAAUGGACUUCAUGGAAAUUUAGUGUGGAACAUCUUUAAGCAACAGCGACACUAACUUCUACUCAGAUAGCCUGCUUCUGUUUGAACUGAGUGACACAGAAAUCAUACGUUAUAGGCAGUUAUUCUCAUGGACAGCCAUGAAUUGGACAACAUAAAUGAAUGUGAGUGAGGCCUCACAGCUGUGCUGUUGUGCUUGCCUAAUGCUACAGCCUUCUCAUUUGGGUCUUUUGUACGCUGUUGGCUACAGCAGACUAAUAGUUCUGAAGAACUGGAGUUGUAAGAAAUCCUGAUGGAGCAUUUAGCAGCAGGAAUCCCUUCAGCCUUAAGUAGAUAUGACAAAAGUGCCAAAUUUAAUCUACCACAUACUCCAAAGUAAAACUGGCAAUUUGGACAUCAUUUAACAUGGGAUUUUUAGGGGGUCUCCCUUGCUGACUUGAUUAUUCAAAUAAGAGGCUAAACCUCAGACUUAAUUAACUGAAAUGCUUAGCUAGAGUAUAUUUGCUUAAACCACUUUAGAGGGGAAAGAAACACAGCAGUUCCAAGAUAUUUGCGUAGGAUUUUUCUGGAAGUCUAUUUUGAAUUCCUAUAACAAAGAAGUACCAGAUUUACUCUUGUCAGCAGCUGACUUAUAAGAUCAGAGGUCUAUUAGAUUCUGGCCUGCUAUUUUACAUGUGUAUAAUAACAAAACUUGCUAGUCUUUCUUACUUUUCUAUGUCCCUUUUUAUGUAUAUUUUUCUUGCUUGGCGACCCUAAUUUUGAAAAUGCAAUAUAACAGCUAUAUUUUUCAAUAAAAGGAAUUUGUCAUCACCCA